GGACACAUCGGACUGUCACAAGAAAAAUUUGUCAAAAUAUGCAAGUGACACGUAACUUUAUAUAAUUAAAUUUAAUUUUUGUGACCUCCAAAUGUGUAAAUUCGCGAAAAACUUUAUUUCCGCCGGUUAAUUGUUUUAUGACAAAAUGUCUGACAAAAGUUUUGGUGAUCACACGAACAGGAAUGUUGUGAAAAAUCCACUUCUUCUGACCGCAGUGACUGGUCUCUCUCUGGAAGAUUUGACACAUAAUGCUGUUUUGCUGCCCGUAGCUCAGAGUCAGGAGCUGAUCACUAGACAAGACCAGCACAGCGGGUUCCAGAGCAUUGCCCUGGCUGAAUCCGACCCCACCGCUCCUAGGGACUCUCCCAAUGUCGGCAACCCCCCUCCCCCCACCCCGAACCAGAAUGACAGAACGUCAACAGUGUCAAAAGCCUCCAAGUCUGACGACGAUUUUGACGUUAACGAAUACUUCGCUAGGCUGCAAGGCACGAGAUAUGUCAGCGCUCCUAUAAACAGCACACUAAAAGAAGACCCCCAAGUGGAUUUGCAAGCGACAGAGGAAAACCUGGAAGAAAUAAACCUGAACGAACCAGAGAAACCAGUAGAAACGCAAAGCAUCACGGCAGAUAUAGCGCAGAAUUUCUCGCAACUGCCAACGGUCUUACCCCAAGUUGCUAGCGCUGUCUUCAGCUCUUUCUCCAAUUUGAUGAACUAUAAGAGCAGAGAGCAGACUCCUGAUGAGAAACCCUCUGAAUAUAAAGAAGUCCAUAAGGAUGUGGGUUUCCCAAGGCCGGAUAAUGUGGGGUUCCCAAGGCCGGAUGAUGUGGGGUUCCCAAGGCCGGAUGAUGUUGGGGUGCCGAUGAGGACAGAGGAUGUAGCGUUGAUGGGAAUGGACGAACCGGCGGUGCCGAAAGAAGUCCCGCCGCCUCCGACCGUGCCUCCUCCUAGUGGUGCCUCCAGCUACCGGAUAACUACGAGGAAGAAGAUAUACGCGCAGAUCCCUGGGCUUAGUUCGCAGACGGCAGGGUCUAGCUCCCAAAUGCCAGGUCUAAACGCUGACGGGGUUCCAGGGCUCCGACCCGGGCUGGGGCGCCGCCCCCCGCCAGAGGAACAGCCGCCAGUGCCUGAGCAUCGGCCUCUGACCAGAGAAAACCGACCUCCAGCCUCGCAACCUUCUCAUGGGGCAAGAAGCCAUGCGCCUACGUCUCGUUCUCAGUUGCCGGAACGACCGCCUUUAGCUCAUUCUGCUGCGCCAGAUAGUAAUGCUUCUAGGCCAGAUAGUAAUGCUUUUAGGCCAGGAAACAAUGCGUCGAUAGCAGGAAAUAAUGCUACAAUGCCAGGAAAUAAUGCUCCGAUGUCAGGGAAUAAUAACUAUAUCCCAGGGAACAGCACCCAUAGGCCAGGAAUUAACGACUAUAUUCCAGGGAACAACGUCAGGAGGCCAGAAAGUAACGACUAUAUCCCAGGGAACAACGCCCAGGGGCCAGGAAUUAACGACUAUGUCCCAGGGAACAGCACCCACAGGCCAGGAAGUAACGAUUAUAUCCCUGGGAACAACGCACAGAGGCCAGGGAUUAACGACUAUAUCCCUGUAAACAACGCCUAUACGCCAGGGAUUAACGACUAUAUCCCAGGGAACAAUGCCCAUAUGCCAGGAUAUCAAGUCCCGAUGCAUCAGCAACCGUUUGCGGCAGGAUCUCAUGCUCCACAGCAACCCUUAAUACCGUUUCCUUUACUAGGAAUGGGCGUUCCUGAUGCAGGGUAUUACACUCCUCUAGCGGGGUACCAAGCUGCGGUACAAGUGCACUACGAUCCGGGGUACCACGGCGGUAGUUAUCCCCCGAACUAUUCAGUUCAAACAUAUCAAAUACCUCCAGUACAUUCGCCAAGGCAAGAUUGUUACGUUCCACCAGACCGCCAUGCCCCUCCUGGUUUUCCCCAAAGGGUUUCACCCGCAUACUCGCCCAAUCCACAGGCUGAUACGAAACCGACUAUGUUUCACGAGUACAUGAAUCGCCGCAGGUCUUUUCAACACGAUCUCUACAAUUUAGGGGUUCCACAAAACCACGCUCAGUCCGAUGAUCAAGUGGCCAAUGUUUACGCGAUACAACCUAACGUGACAGUACCUUCCAGAAAUACUGAUAGAUCAGUUACUAUAUACCAACCAUCGGGUCUCCCACAUAGGCUGCCUUUACGCAGAACUACGACGCCGGAUCCAUCAGAAGUUUGUCCCUCAGAUGAAAUUUUACGAGCUUUAGAUCCUUGCAAUAUUUUCAAUCCAGCAGCACAACGGUCAUCACAGGCAGUUCCAUGUACAUCACAGAAUAUAAUUGGGACUCCGUCUCAAAUGCCCCAAGCUGCGAGCUCUCACCAGGGUAUCAAAAUUUUUAAUCCACUAGAAUCGCAUCAAGAUACUCCAGCUCAAAAUUUGCCGCCACCAGAUCUAACAAAAUCUGUAGGCACAUCAAAAGAGUUUAACAUAUUAAACCCUCUAGAAGCUCGCGGUCAAGAUAUUAAGCCUGCAGCAGUCAAAGAGAACGAAGCCAAUUUGUUUACGACAGUUGAACAAAAAGCACAGCAAUCUAACCCGCCACCACCGAUCCAAGGACCGUCAAGUGCUCCAUCGACUUCGAUCAUUCCGCCCCCGCCCAUGUUCUCAAAUCUUGCUAGAAGAGAUAGCCAGUCUUCUGUAGGAAAGGCAGUCUUACCUCCGUCUGUAGCCAGGCGCAUUGGAGCUCACCACCCCAUUAUAAAACCUCAAACAAUGCAGCCUGCCUCAAUUCCUACUGGCAAUAUCUUCGUUCCUGCAACAACAUCCAACGACAGUGGUAGAUCUCCAAGCGCAUCUGACCUGCCAAGGACAGACACACCACCAAGUACAAAUGUACCUUCAGCGUUCGUCCAAUUCCAUGCGUCUUCGCCAUCGGUUGUCAAUUCCAAGUCAGGGUUCAUUGAUGGGGGUAUCUCAACUAUUUCCAUACCGUACAAGCAGCCCCAAAUGCGAUAUGGGUAUGACUGUGCUCAUGAGUUCCCACCAGCGUGGUUCCCUCCUGGUCCACCAGUGCAAAGGCCUAAUGACAGACCUUAUGCAGUUCCUGAUGAUGGAUCAAAUGACAUGCCACCGCCGCUACCUCAACGGCGACCGAAGAGAAAUACGUGUCAAUGCUUUGACCAAGAACCGGCGUCAAAUGAUGCUGAGGUUUCUGAGCCUGCUGCUGAACAAACUACUGCAGAGGCAGAAUACGAUGCUCCCACUGAAGGUCAGCAAGCUCCAGUAGCAGAAGACCCUACACCAGAAGCAGCUAGAGCUAUUCCUGAACCUCCUAAAGUGACUGGGAAUUUGAAUUAUAGGAUGACGAACAGGAGGCCCCAAUAUUACUCCGGGCCGAUAGAAGGUGUCGGAGCUUUAAGUAAUAAUGUAAGGCCUGUUAUACCGACAGCAGAGCCUUAUGCUUUCCAAGGCGCCGUGUUCACCCCUAGCGCACCUCAACCAGAGGCUUCCAAUAUCGAACCAGCUCCGUUUGAUAUAAGCCAACCGACUAAUUCAGCGUCUUAUGCCCAGAUUGAUAUAAAUCAAGCUCAAACUACUGCUCAACCGGGUUACAACACUGCUUUUGAUGUAAGCCGACCGAUUUUAGAACCAUCCGAACCCCCUCAAGAGUCCAAAGGCUUCGGUAUCAUUGGAUCUUUGAAAUCUAAACUAAGUGCCCUAGAUAUCAAUAAGAUUCAAAAUACCGUGACGACGUUCUUCGAUCCCGCUUACAACGAUGUUAAAGAAGCAGCGACAAAUGAAGGAACUUCUCGUGAUUACAAUCAGGGGAGUUCAGCUUUUGGACAACAUGAUGGCGGUUUGGAAAUAUUCGUGCCCAAUAACGAGCAGAGUCAAACUUACACACAGGGUUAUAAUAGUCAAUUGAAUUACCCUAGUUAUAAUUAUAGUCAAAGCAACCAGUAUUAUCAGAAUCAACCGUAUUACACGCAAAAUCAAGGAUACAGUUAUGAACAGGGUUAUGCUUCUCCAGACUCUCAAAAUCAAGGAUACAGUUAUGAACAGGGUUAUGCUUCGCCAGUUUAUGGAAAUUAUUUACCAGAUCCACCGUCAACUGUACAUCCAAACGUUCCUGCACAAGUACCCUCAUCGCAAGAUGUUCAAAGACAAGUCUCAGAGGCUCCUGGUCCGAGCCAAAUUCCUUCAGCCCGUAUACCGGAUGUAGUGCCUUUGAUUGAGCCAACCAAUCAAUUAAUCGUUGGAGAUAAUAUAGAGCGUGCGAUUGAGGAAACCAAUCAACUAGCUUUAGUUGAACCUGAAGCUGAAGAAAUUGUAAAAAGGUCUAUGGCUAGUGACGAAACACCGAUGGAGACCAGUUCGGCGUUAACGCAAAGUUAUAACUCGUUUAUAAAUAACAAUGAAGCAAUUUCAACACCAGUGUCUAUAUUUUCGCAAAUAAAUGUAGACACUAACAAGAAUAAACCAGUAAAUACAGACUCGAAUUUAGAGCCACAGGCAUCGCUGAAUUUCUUUGACAAUCAACAAUUUCAUGUACCAACUACAAAUGCAGAUAUUAGUGAUCAGUUAAAGAAUAUGCAAAUAUCCCAAGACAGUGUUGUCGAGAAUUCUUCAGCGUCUUCAGUAUUCUUAAAUAAUAAUAUUCAACAUGACGUCAAAAGCAGUAUUGACUUCUUUGAAAAUAUAACUAUUGUAACCAAACAAAGUGACACUGAAACGAAUAACGCUGACUCUGAGACUAAUAUGGGCAAUAAUUUACUGCAGAUUCAAGAAAGACAGGACAGUGUAUCAACAGUUGACGUGUCUUCUGUCCCGCUAUUCGAUUUGUCCACAAUUCUUGCUGCAAAAUCAAAAGAAAGUGAGGACGAUGAUGUUAAAAAUGUUGCUUUGGAAGGAGCGGACAGAAAGAAACUCGAUAGUGGUUCUAGCAUCGAUUUUACUGAGAACAUAAGUACUUUACCUCAACCACUGACAGAUGAAGAAAACGAAGGUGUCUCUGAACUAAGCAUUUGUGAAACAUGUCGAGAAGUUACCAAACCAGAGGAAAAAGACGUGGAUGAUCUAACUAGGCAGCUGAUUGAAAAUAUUACCUCACCAAUACAGCUUUCAAAUCCUGUGGUCGCUCCUCUUACAGAGAGUAACACGCCUGUUGAUGUUCCAACAGAUUUUGAGUCGAAUCAGUGUGCUGAGAUAUCACAUAUAACUGAAGAAACGAUCGAAACUAUUCAAGUACAGUCUGCCACUGAGUUAUUAGAUGAGGUUGAAGAUAUACCGAUUAGCAACGUCGUUAACUACGGUUGGAAAGACGAAACAUUUAAUGCACCAUCUGAAGUGCUAUUAGACCAUGACUACACUUUUCAGAUGGAUCCUAACGUGCUAGGAUUUUACGGGAGCAAUGCUAUGUUCUUCGAGAACAUUCCUAAUAAUGCAUCAGAUGAGUUGAAAGCUGAAUUUAAAAGUUCUCAAGAAGAUUCACCAGUGAUUCUGCCUUCACCAAUAAGUGUGCCUUCAGCGCCCCCAGCGGAAGACGAUGAUACUAAAUCGGACGAAACUGGUGGACUUGACGUUCAUUCCAUAGAGCAGGAUGCAAAGAAAGACUUCCCCAUUUUCGAAGAGUUCGUCAUUGAACCAUCUGAAACUGAUGACGAUAAAAUAGAGUACAAAGAACGGGAACGAAGCUCAGACGAUCCGGUCCCGGAUGUAGAUUCAUUCACGAAUAGAGUGGAGAAGUUCAAGAAAAUGGAAGAGACUGAUAAUGAUGAUUUAACAGAGGAGCAGAAGAACAUGCUUUUCGAUAUCGCAUCGGCCAGCCAGAACGCUAUCGCGAGUCCCUCCAUCGCGAUUGCUUCGUAUUUCGACACGGGAAACUUUGCUGUCGAAUCGCAUUACAGAAAUUCGCUCUCAUCCCCUUCAGGGCUGCAUUUCCAAAUGGGUUCUCCCGAAAUCCCUAUGCGCAUUCCGCCAGGCUUCGAAAACGAAUUUAAGAGAAGACUCAGUGGUUUGAUCGCUAAAGACAAUACAAUGCAUGACACCAACGAUGAUAAGGAUAAGGAUAAAAAUCUACCGAACAUUCCAGAAACAUCAACCCAAACGCCUGUAGUAUCCACUACUACAUACAGCAGCGUGUCAAACGUUGGCCAAACCACUGUCACGUCAUCGAACAUUGGCCCAAUAGCUUUGGAGGAAAAGCCUAAAGUGCAAGAAGCUGAUAUACCAACAUUUGCAGUAUUCCGCCAAGAUUCGGGCGAUGCUGCGUCUCCUCUAGCUAAUAUUGUGAAGAAAGAGACAGCAGAACCACCAGCAGCAAUCAUUACAUCAAUUCCUGUGACAGAAAAUCUUCCAGACCCUAUAGGCUUCUUCUCUUCUGCCCAAGAAGCAACAAAUGCUGAACCUGACAAUAACUUCAAUAGAUUAGCUAGUUAUUUCACAACUCCAGCCAAAACGGACCCUGAAAAGUCUUUUUUUGAGCUUAGUCAAAGUCAAAACCAUUAUAGGCAUGCCACAUCAAUUUCUAGUAAUAAUUUAAUAGCUCAAAACGUACCAAGUAGCAAUUUAUUUUCAAACAAUAACAUUCCAGCCGACGCUUAUUUAGCAAACAUACAACUUAUAAAAGACCUGACAUCACCCCAAAAUAUCGAAAUAAAUAAAGAUCAAAUCGUUCGAACCGUGAAUUACUUUACCGUGGAAUACGACAACGAUGAAUUCAAAAUAAAAACAGAUGAUAUUAAAAAAGAUGAUGAUUCAAAAAAAGAGCAUUUAGAUAAAUCUACCAAUUGUACUGAAGAUGUGGAGGAUGAGGAUAGUUUAAAUGACGAUAAAAUAUUGACUAUAAUGUCUAAAUGUAAACACUGCUGUAAUCUUGACCCUCGACGCGUUGUGACAUUCAAAGUUGAGUUAGAUAAUGUUAAUUUCAAAGUUAGGAAGGCUAUGGACACGGAGGGAUCGGAUCCUAAUAAAGGUCCUGCAAUGGAGGGAAAGAAAGAGGAGAAAAAAACAGACGUGACUGUCACGUUUGAAGAUACUAAUGAAGAGAAUGCUGGGGUAGCGAUCUUGUCUGAGAGCCGUUCGUCCUCCGACUACUCCCCAGUGAAGCACCACUGGUUCUACCGAGUCGACGUCGAGGGCAAGUCGAUAUGGCGCGGGUUCUCGGCGACCGACAGCAGAGCGCUGGAGGAAGCUUUUCACAGCCCGGACCUAAACGAAAACACCCUGGUGGCUACAGACGGAGGCAGAUUUGACGUGAACGUGAUGGGGCGUCUCCGGAUCGCUGUGUACUGGCCGGAUAAGCCGACGAAUGUCAGGAGAUGCAGCUGGUUCUACAAGGGUGCUACUCUAUACGUGCCGUACACGGAACCAAUCGCUGAAAAGUUGGAGGAGGAAUACCGCCACGGUGUCACCACAGGCGAGUGGCACAGGCGUUUAGUGCUGCCCAACAACGAAUCAGUUGUGAUGCACGGGCCGGCAGUCAUGGUGCACUUCCCACAGUCAGCAUCAGACCCCUUCGGUUCGGCUCCCGAAUCCACAAUGCGUCCGCGUGUAGUAAGGCGGGGCAUAGACGAGGCGGAAAUCGAAGACCCCGAACCAUCGAGCAUAGACCACCUGCUGCUGCUCUGUCAUGGCGUCGGAUCCGCCUGUGACAUGCGCUUCAGGCCUGUUGAAGAAGUGGUGGACGACUUCCGAGCGACUAGUCUACAGUUACUGCAGUCACACUACAGGAAUUCAUUUGACAAGGGCGUCGUGAACCGAGUCGAGGUGCUCCCAAUCUCGUGGCACUCUACUCUCCAUUCGGGAGAGACGGGCGUGGACAAGCGACUGGCAGAGAUCACCCUCGAGAGCAUACCCCGCCUUAGAAGCUUCACCAACGACACGCUACUGGACGUACUGUUGUAUACCAGCCCGGUGUUUUGUCAGACAAUCAUUGACACCGUCUGCGCGGAACUCAACCGCAUAUACAAGCUGUUCAAGGUACGGAACCCCUUAUUCAAGGGGUCCGUAUCAUUAGGGGGCCAUUCGCUGGGCAGCGUGAUACUGUACGAUUUGCUGUGCCAUCAGUUGGGGGCGUCUGAAAAGGCUAGCUCGCCAGACAAGAGUUACGUGAGCGGUGGUGCUGGUACCGGCCAGCCUUCCGUUAUCUACCCGAAUUUGGAGUUCACCCCCGCCGCAUUAUAUGCCCUUGGGAGCCCUAUCGCGAUGUUCGAAUGCAUACGCGGCGUGAAAUCUCUAGGAGCGGACUUCACUCUGCCGACUUGCAAGAAUUUCUUCAACAUAUUCCAUCCCUACGACCCUAUAGCGUACAGAAUCGAACCGCUAAUCAACUCUGAGCUUGGCAUAGUGAAACCGUAUUUGAUUCCGCAUCACAAAGGAAGGAAACGCAUGCAUUUAGAACUAAAAGACACAAUGGCGCGAGUGGGCGCCGAUCUCAAGCAGAAGCUGCUGGAAUCCAUUAAAGCUACCUGGACCAGCAUGUGGAAAGCACAGCCUCCCAGCGAUGGGCAACUGGAGAAGGUUGUUGAAGAAGAAAUAGAAAAGGAGCAGUUAUGCGAAGAAGUGAAAGAUGAUGCAGCUCAGAAUGACGUGGUGGCGACACCAGAAAUGUUAGGGCGCCUUAACGCGGGGCGCCGAGUGGAUUACGUACUUCAGGAGGCGCCGUUUGAGAUGAUCAACGAAUAUCUGUUUGCAAUGAGCAGCCACGUUUGUUAUUGGGAGUCGGAAGACACGAUGCUACUCAUCCUCCGCGAGAUCUAUGACUGCAUGGGGGUCCAGCCCGACUGUACUGUUCCCCAGCAGAGCAUGACUGUACAGCGGACACGGAUGGCGCAGGACGAGACCAUCAUUUCGGGAACGGCAGGAUACCCUUCAACCAGCCGCGGGGGUACAUGAAUGAUUUAUAAAUUAUAGCAUAAUUGCAAUUAUUACAUAAAUUAUACGUAAAGUCAGUAAUAUUAUGAACGAAAGAAACAUGGAAACAACCUAGAAGCAAACUAAAUUAUUUCAAACUUUCCCGCGGCCACUUUCAAAAACCGGGACAAAAAUUUUGUUUUUCUCCUUGAAAAAUUAUAAUACCUAAACCUUCCUCAUGAAUCAUUCUAUCUAUUGAUGAAAAUUGCAUGAAAAUCCGUUCAGUAUUUUUUGAGUUUAUCUUGAACAGACAGGCGCAGCGGAAGACUUUGGAUGUUUUACAAUGUUUUAUAAACUUGGAAGAACAAUUAAAAUAAUAGAAAAAGGUUAGUUUCUAUGAUUUUUUCGUUCGCUGUAUUUAAAUUUAUAUGGAAAUAGUGGUAAGUACCUAAGUCAAUUGGAAUUAUUUCAGGCUUAAAUACAAUAUUUUGCACCUUACCCAUUCGAUUUAAGGUUGAUUAUACAAAUAAUAAUUUCAAUUAUAAUUUUUUAAAUCUUUGGUGCAUCAAUGUGUUGAAACUUAUUUACUGGGUGUUAAAGUAUAAAAUUGAUUGUUGUUUUAUUACAUACAGGGUGUAAAAUAUAUGUUUAUAACUGAAAUAAUAUCAAUUGAUAAAACUAAGUGUCUAAUUUAAGUAGAACUUACAAUUCUUCUUGUACAGUUUCAUAAAAUGAUUGAAAAAACACAAAAACAUUAUCUGAUGGAUGUUAAAUGUUAAUUUAUAAAGGUGUGUUCACACUGCUGCAGUAGAUGUGGAUACACCUUAAUGCAAUAGUAAACUUUUAAUUAAUAAAUAAUAUACUCGAGACUUAUCAGAAAGAGACUAUGUACUUUUGAAACCAGGCGAUAAUCUUUCUCUUUCUAUCACUUUGAAAAGCUAUACCGAGUGAGGCAGACAGAUCAAGUCCCAUGUCAUUCCUAGAUAUCGCUCAAAAUUCGAUUUAAAUACAAGAAAACACUAUUGUACAUACUAGCCUUACGUAGUGUUCUGUCUGACGAAAGUAUGUAUGUAUUUCCAAAAAUAUUUUAUCUUUAACUAGAUUUUGCCAGCGGCAUCGCUUGCGUAAAAUUUGAGAUAAAAUAGUUCUACUUAUCACGAUUCUAUAUUAAAAAAGUUCAUGCUUCAAAAAUGACGGACUUCCAUACAAAAUUUCAACCCCUUUUCACCCUUUUAACCUCGUAAGACCGAAGAGUAAAUUUUGUCGACUUCUAAGUAUCGCCGGAUGUGCUUUCAGAAGAACGAAUAAUUUGAAGUAGUAAACGCCGAGCACUUCGAGUAAAAAAAUGUCUAUGUUAGAGAUUUUCUUUUGCAUUCAUAUUUUCAGGGGCCCUAUAUAAUAGUGCAUAGAGCUUAUUUUAGGUGAAAAAUAAUAAAAAAAUGUUUUCUCUUAAAAGAACAUUCGGUAUUACAGACUUUAAAAAGGAAAAGUAAAUAAAUUGUAUUUUAUACUUUAAAGUAAAACAUAAAUGUAACCUUCUUAAUAAAUUAAUACUACAUAAAGAUACAAUAAUGAUAUUAAUAAAUGUAACUGAAAAGGUACAACGGUUUUUAUUUUAUUUAAUGUUUCAUAAUUAGUACUUUUAAAAGUACUAUCGGUUUUAUAACAUACACUAAUGCUAGGUUAGAAUGUAUAAGAAGUAAAGUGAAAAUUCAUGUUAAUUAUAAUAUUUACUAAACUAAAAAUCAGAACGUUCUCAUGGUAAAUUUUCUCAAUCAUAUCAUAAUUUUAAAAGUCCAAUACUCAAUUCCAUCCCAAUAGAAAAAAUAUACAAAAAUAAAACUUUCACCAUCAAGACCGAAUGUUCCUUGCAAAGAACUAUUAUUUUCAAACGAAAAAAAAUCUUACAAAACUACUUCAAAUUGGGAAAAAUAAUUUUUUUGCUUGUUUAGCAGUAUUUUAACUUAAAUUAUACUGAUCAGUUUUGCAAUUAAACUACGUUAACGCGAAGAAAAAAAAAUAAUCGCACAUCACGUCUUCUCGGACGAACCACCUUGUCAAAGGAAAAUGAUAAUUUGACAGUGACGUUUUGUUUUUUUUAUAUUAAUAAGUUUGGAUACCUGAUUUUGAAUACUUUAAGCCAUAGACUAUCACUCUUUUUUUUCGAUAGGCGCGAAUUUUUGAACUUAAAUUUAUCGCUAAUGUUUUAGUUCCUCUGAAGGCACAUCCGGCGAUACUUCGAAAUCACCUCCGAAAAUGUCUCGGCGUUACUGACUACAAAGUUUUAGUUCCUUCUGAUGCACAUCCGGGCUUACGAGGUGGGUUGAAUUUAGAAAAAUCCUUUCUGAUUCUUGGACUAGUGAAAAAUACCAGAAUUGUUAUUUCAGUACUCAGACUAAUCACAGGACGAAUAUUAAAUUGAAUUUUGAGCGUUGUUUGGUAAUACGCCUCAUGUCCGUUUUCACCAUCAAUCCCUAAUUUUAUAAGUGACCCCUAUGGUAAAACAUAACAAGAAUUUUGUUUUAAUAGGGGUCACUUAAAAAUUAGGGAUUGAUGGUGAAAACGGGCGUCAGUCUCUUUAAAAAUUAAACUUGAUAUUAUUUCUUGAAAUCAUGUUGAUAUUAAAUAUGUAAAUAAAACACGCUGUAUCUUUCGCUUGGCGCUAACACUUUUGGAGGUACACGAUUACUUUUUCAAAAAUUUAAAAUAAAAAAAAUAUUUUUUUAAUAAAAAAAAUUUUUCGGAAAAAAAUGCAAAACUUCGCUUUUAAAAAAUUAUGUGUAUUUUAUUUAUUUUUACUGUCAAAAGCUUUAGGUUUAUUUUAAUGGAAACGUUUUUUUUGCAAAUGUUGGGACCAAAACUAAGGAUUUCUCUAUGAAUUUAUCUAUGGUUCCGACAUAGAUUAUUUUCUACCUUCUCUUUGAAUGUCUAUGAAGCACAAUUAAAUCUUCGUAUUUAAUCAUUUGUAUGUGUUAAAUUAGGUAAUUUAAAUAUACAAUAGUUAAUAAAUGGAAUUUCCUUCUUUUUCGUUAACCGACUGCAGAAAGAAUGAUGUUUAGAACUAUCUGUUCUUUUAACUUGUAUUUUUUUUAAUUAUAAAUUCAAACGAUUACAUGGAUGAAUUAUUAUUUUUUUCGAAGUAAAAAAUAUUUUUUGUACAGUCAACAGCAUAAUAUAACUCAUAAUACAACUACAUAAAUGUCAUAGAAUUUAUCUCUAUGUGCUGUCUGUACAAUAAAAAAUAUUAAUUAAACUUUGGAAAUUCCUUUUAAAGUAAAUGACAACAAUAUUAAUGUUUAGGAUAAUGCCCCAGGGUCUUAUUUUUGAACCGCUAGAGUUCUGAUUCGCAUACGAUAUCAUCAUCAGGUCAUUUAGUCUCCAAUGCAGGAGCACGACCCUCCAAUUUACCAGAGGCAAAUGGAGGAUUUGUCCUACACUCCCCACGCUGGCCAGACGGGUUGGGGAGGCCUGAUGUUCGCAUAUUUGUCCCUUAGUCGCCUCUUACGACAUCCACUCUCGGAAAUUUAAAUUGUCUAUGGAGUAUUCUUAACUAUGCGAAUUUGAACUCUAUUGCUUUAUGAAUACGACUCAUAACCCUCCAUCCCAAACGUAGUAAUGAAUUUGAUGGCCGUAUAACCAUAGUAAUAAAUGAAUGUUGGAUGUCGUGCUCGAAAUUUUAUAAAUGUACCACUGGAUACACCUUUUAGUUGUUUUAAGGUGGAAUUUGAUUAGCAACAGGAACUAAAUAAGUUUAUGCACCUUAUUGGGUUGGAUUAUGGUCAAUUUUAGUCUGGUAUGUCUUAUAAAUACAGUGAAUUGUUAAUUUGCCAUCCAUAAUAAGACAAUUUGUAAUAUAAUCGACAUAAUAACUAACUUAUUCAUGAGACUUUGUUCGCGUUAAGCUUUAGACCCCCCUUUCAUCCUCUUAGGGGGUGAAUUUUGGAAAAUCCUUUCUUAGCAGAUGCCUACGUAAAAAUAACUAUCUUUUGCUUUUAUCCAUCCAGUAGUUUGAGCUAUGUGUUGAUAGAUCAGUUAGUGGUAUAAAUGUCCUACUGAACCUGAACCGUCCUAGCUAUAACAUUGUCAGGAGGGCGCUACUAUCAAUACUGAAUUAUUAGUUCCGAUUAUUGCCACGUAAUUGUGACAUUUACAGGAUGGCGCUACUGUCAAUAUUGAGUUGUUCGUUUUUGAUUUUUGCCACAUGACGUUUCAAAAUUGUAACUUUAAAUAAAACCAGUGGUACAAUUAUAAAAUAUGAAAUAAACAAAAAUAUAAACACAGUAAAAUAAAUAUUUACAGGUCAAUCAAGACAUUUAUACCUAAAUUCUUAAGCUGUACUCAUUUUAAAUCUAUUCCGUAUAAUUUUAAGGACUACUUUCGUAUGUAUAAGUUAAUUGUUAAAAUUUAAUAAAAUUACAUUCUGUUGCAAAAACACAAGAAAUUGUUUAUUUUUAAAAGGUUGUUCUCGUUAUGUUUUUGACGAUAUUUAUAAUUAUGUAAACAAACAUUGGUUGGCAGUAAAGUUUAUAUUUUACUACAAA